UAUUAUGGCAGUAGUAUUCCUGAAGUUCAAGGAAGCACAUCGCAAAUAAGUUUACCAAAAUUUGUGUACUUUUCAUUACUAAAAUUCCAAAGUCAGUCAGUUAAUUUUCAUGCCGCCCACCUAAAUAAUGCUUUUGCUAAUCGUGUCUCUGAUUUUAAUACUAGUAAAUGCAGAGGUCGCACAACCGGCAGUGCCAUCUUUUGAUCAACUGGCGAGCAUCCGCCUGGACGAUAUUCUACUGGCGGAGCCCAGGCCCACGCCCGGACGGAGCAUAUUCUUUCACGAAACGAGCUGCUUCGAUCCCAGAACUAAUCAGUAUAAUCUCCCGAAGCUAAACGCCCGUCAAGCCUGCGCAAUCGAAUCAGCGGCACUUCAUAAUCCGGACUUCCAGGUGUUCGUUUUAUUUGCCGACCCCAAAUACCGAGUAACCCCCAAGGGGCUGAACAGCAGCCACCAGCAGCCAUUUAUCGAUGUUAUCUUAAGCUACAGCAAUGUCCAUUUGAGACGUGUAAAUGUCUGGAGAUAUGCUGCCGGCACACCCAUGGAAGAGUGGCUCAGGAACGGUGAUCUGUUGCGCUCGCAACAUUUGGUCUCUCAUGUGUCGGAUUUCCUGCGCUACUUGACCCUGUUUCGCUAUGGCGGCCUGUAUCUGGACAUGGAUGUGGUCGUGCUGCAAAAAAUGGAGGAUCUGCCACCCAAUUACACUGGAGCCGAGUCCGAUAGUAUGCUUGCCGCUGGCGUCAUGAACUUAGCAGCCACUGGCAUUGGUCAUGAGAUUGCCGAGCUGUGUCUGCGCGACUUUCAGCUAAAUUUCAAUGGCAGUGUUUGGGCUAUGAAUGGCCCAGGUGUGAUAACACGCGUGGCCCAACUGAUUUGCGACACUGACUACGUCGCACUCAUGCAGGACGAUCGCAAACGGUGCGCAGGCUUCAAGGUGUACGGGCGGGGCGCCUUCUACGCUGUGCACUCCAGUCAGUGGCGCGAUCUCUUUGAGCCCGACAAACUGGAGCAGACCCUGGCUCGCAUCAGAUACUCGUAUGUGGUACACAUGUGGAACAAGCACUCGAGUCAGCUAGCUAUUAAGGUCGGUUCUACCAGCGCCUAUGCCAAAUUUGCAGAACGAAACUGCCCGCGGGCCUUUCAUGCAGCGGGUGAAUAUUUCUAG